AUUUCAGUCGAUAACACGACGACAGUUUUUGGCACACCAAGACACGAUUCUUUCGGAGACACUGUAGUGUCGUUCUUGACGGUGUUUUAUUUGCUGGUCGUUAACAUUCUGCUCUUAAAUCUUCUUAUCGCCAUAUUCAAUAACACAUACGAGAAGAUGCAAGCCAAUGCAAAUCAGAUUUGGAAGUAUCAGCGGUACUAUCUAGUUAUGGAGUAUGAGCAGAGGCCUGUCUUGGUACCACCUUUCAUCAUCGUUAAUCACGUUUUGUAUUUCAUGCGGGGCUUGUAUCGCUGGCUCAGAAACUGUCGAAGGCAGCGAGACGAAAAUGACCAAGACGGUUUUAACUCUGACAAGCCAAAAGGGGAAAACUACAAUGUUGAAAUGAAAGUGUUCGAAGAGCGAUGCGUUGAUGACUACAUCAGAGAGAAAGAUACACUCCUGCACGCCAGUCAAGAGGAGAAAAUCAGGGUCAUUGGAGACAGAAUGGAAACAGUUUCUUGUCAACUUCAAGAUAUGCACAGGGAGACAAUUAGUCAGAACAAGGCUCUUAAAAACCAGCUUGACAAACUAGAAGAAGAUGUUAAGAAACUCAGAGAACCUGACAAGCCAAGGUCAAGACUUGCAUCUAUCGCAGACGUUCCGGAACUCAAAGAGCCAGACUCCAGGCGAAAACGUUCUUCACUUUUCGUUGAGGACUCAACCACCAGCAACAGUGGCCUGAUGAAUUCAGUUUCAGACACCGAGUAUAGUUCGUCCGAAUUACGCCAUUCUCCUACCUCUCGGCGUGCAAUGAAAACCGCUAGCACGGAUGCAUCACUUGACAAAGCUACGCACCUGCGAGCAAGACAAUCGCCAUAUCCAAAGAGUAAUCAACGGCGUCACCAUGUUCCGGACUCCCUUAUUGACUGGAAGGAGUCGUUCCCAAGCUACGAUCCACCACAGUACACCGCACCGGAAGUUCAAGCCCUGCAGCCAUGUACAGGCGUGAGAAAAAAUCCCGUGGGAAGAACUGGAAUCGCAGGGCGAGGCUUACUUGGACAGUGGGGACCGAAUCACACUGCUCAUCUUAUUGUUACAAGAUGGAAGAUCGAGGAAGGAAACCACGCACAAAGGAAGGGAAAAAAUGUUUUGGAAUUUGUGGCCGUAAAAAGUCCUGCUAAGAGCCUGCAGUGGGCGAUUGGAUGGAAGGUCGGUCAAGCUGGAAAGGCAGCUGCACAGAUGGAAGGCAGAAACGCCGUACUAGAACUCCCUCCUAUGAAAAGCUUCGACGGCUUGGAGUGGGCAAUUCCUGGGGGUUUCGUGGAAGUUGACGAUACCGCGGAAACAUUGAGAAGAUCAUUUAUUAAAAGUGUUCGUCCAGUCUUCAAGUCCUCCUUCACCGAGGAUGAGAACACCUUGACAGAACGUGUUCAUAAAAUAGUUAAAAAUGCAGUGGAGAUUUACAAGGGCUAUGUGGAUGAUCAAAGAAACACAGACGAUGCCUGGGUGGAGACAGUGAUGUGGCAUUUCCAUGAUGAGACGGGAGAAACCCUCGGUGAUUUCGAGUUUGAGGUCAAUGAGGCUGCGUACAACGUCAAAUGGCAAGAGGUCAGCGGUCAAAUCAGUCUUCAAGCCAACCAUUCGUUUAUCUUGCACAAGGUGGCCGAGUCACGAAACGCAUACUUUUGAAAAAGCCUAAUGUCAGUUUUUCUUUGUCAGAGCAAGAGGCGCCCUGGCACUACCCUCCAGGAUCCUUUUUAUAUCAAGUGGGCCAGAGCUUCGUUCAGGAAAAUGGGGUUUAUUUUCUUUAUCUUGACAAAUCUCGUUACAGCCUGAACUUCAAGAUUCUUAUAAUUACUGACAGGUUAAUUUUUCAUGUACGAAUUGCGAGCAAUAAUACUUGAACAACUCGUAACACCUUUAAACUUAUGUGCAUGUCACUAGUAUAAACUCUUUCUAAUUCCCUUUUAAUUAAUUGGCGACAAAUUGUUUUAACGGAGAGUGUUUUAUUUUUUGUUUUGUUUGUUUGUUCGUUUAUUUUUUUUCGUUGUUGAUUAAUAUGUUGGGAUUAGGCGUGUGUGUUGACAUAACGAGGCGUGACGUAACAUGACAUAACUCAUAUAACAUAAGAUCAGCAUUAGUUUACAUUGAAAAUCAACAAUUCGAUCUGUUUUCAGUGGACGAAUAGCCCCUUUGUGGAAUUGCCACGUAUUUAUGCCGUUUAUUUAUUCAUUCAUUUAAUAAUUUUUGCGCGGAUCGUAAACAGAGAAACGUGGAUGGUAAAAAACGGGCUUGAAAUAGUAACAAAAAGAGAGAGAGGCGUUCACUUUUCAAGGUGUUUACUUUUUAUACUUAGUCACGUAUGCUUUGGAAAACUGAAUAGGAGGGUAAUGGGACAUACCGGCCCAUUUGUGUUUAGGUGUUAUAUUGAAGGGUGAUAGCCUCACUUAUUUCUAAAACGGAAUAGGAAUCACAAGAAUAGUCCCAAAAGCGUGUUUAGAGACAUUUUCAGGUAGUGGUAUUUGACAAUCAGGCAGUUGAAACAGCAACGGUGACUGAAUUUGUCGUGUUCUAUAAAACUGACUCCUUUUUAAUAGAAAACACGCCGCUGUUAGGUUUCAUACCCUUAUUUUGUUGCCUUGUUACCGUUUCCUAAGAAAAUUUGUUUGCAGUUUUUUAAAGUGGUCGUCCACGCUUGGACUUUGACGGAUAUACGCACAUAUCUCAUUUUCUAACUAUUUAGAGCUCUAAGAUUUUUCGCCAGCCGUUUUGUUCUGAGAUUCAAAGUUAUUAGUUAGCAGUUUUACAUAUAAUCUGUGUGACGCGUUGGUUUGCUUUUUGAGUGUGGUGUUUCAUUUGCUAUCUUUCAUGCGGCUGGAAAAUACCAGCCGUUUGUUUAUCUGAAUAAUCCUGUGUUUGCAAAAUAAAGGUUUGAAUUGAAUUUU